UUUGGUUCAAGCCAAAAUGAGUGCGCAAAGCGCUUCGCAUGCCACUCGGGACGAGUGCAUAAUCUCUUGAAUCUCUUGGCCUCGUCAUGUUUUUCGCGUUUCACUGGAUGGGAAAUGCAGCCAAUCCUUGGAGGCUAUGCAUGAAGCGGUCCUCGUCCCGUGGGAGCCCUGAACAGGGACCUUCACAGGAGAGCCACCAGAGCAACCCACAGCCGAGGCAUGAGAUCCUCAGGGACAUCAAGUUGGCAGCAAGCAAAGUCACCGCUGAGGUGCUGGAUGAAAAAGCUCACAUCGACGGUGGAAAACUGAUCGCCUCAUUGGCCAGAGUCUACGGCGACGUGAUGGAUCCAGCCAGCUCGGCGAGGUGCGCGAGUUGCUUUCAUGGUUGUCGCAAGCCCACAAUAAGCAUUGAGGACUACCUGGUGCGCUUGAGAAGCUAUUUCAUGUGCAGCGACUCCUGUUUCCUCCUAGCGCUCAUUUACAUUGCGCGGCUUGUGGAGAUUUGUCCGGACUUUGCAGUGAAUCCCUUCUCGAUUCAUCGGUUGCUGGCAAUCAGCCUGGUGGUCAGCGUCAAGUUUCAUGAAGACGUGGUGUACAGCAAUACCUUCUAUGCCCACAUCUGUGGGCUGCAGCACGAAGAGCUCAACAAGGGUGAGGUGGAGUUCUUGAAAAUGAUCAAAUGGGAUCUUGGCUUCUCUAUCGAGCAGUUCAGCCAGGUGUACAGCGAGGUGCUGCAAAGCGCGGACAAGAUCCUGUAAUUAAGUUCGAAACCGCGCGGUUUCGGAGUUCGUAUGGCGGUGGUAAGCGCUAGUCCGGACCAUGGACUGCUCGCACCGUUCCGUGGAGUCCACAGUUUGUAUGCCUUGGAAACCGGAAAAGCCGAAAAAGCCAGAAAAAGCCGGAAGCCUCCGGACGGCGCGAAG